CCCCGCCAGCGGCGGGAUGCGCGCGGCGUCGCGCCCAGGGCUCUGAAGCAGCCUGGGACUCGGCGGCGCUCCUUUCUUUUAGGGCUCUCUGGCUGCUGGCGACACCGAUGUGACCCCCUCUCCUUUGUGGAAUGAUGGGGAUCUUUUUGGCGUAUGCUGGAUUUGUCUUCUUUUCGGUUUUAUACGUGCAGCAAGGGCUUUCUUCUCAAGCAAAAUUUACUGAGUUUCCGCGCAACGUGACCGCGACCGAGGGGCAGAAUGUGGAGAUGUCGUGCGCCUUCCAGAGCGGCUCCGCCUCGGUGUACCUGGAGAUCCAGUGGUGGUUCCUGCGGGGCCCCGAGGACCCGGAGCCCGCGGCCGAGGUGGCCGGUGCGCAGGUGGAGCUCGUGCCCGACCGAGACCCCGACAACGACGGGACCAAGAUCAGUACAGUGAAAGUCCAAGGCAACGACAUCUCCCACAAGCUGCAGAUCUCCAAAGUGAGGAAAAAGGACGAAGGCCUAUACGAGUGCAGGGUGACCGACGCCAACUACGGAGAGCUGCAGGAACACAAGGCCCAGGCCUACCUGAAGGUCAACGCCAACAGCCACGCGCGCAGGAUGCAGGCCUUCGAGGCCUCGCCCAUGUGGCUGCAAGACAUGAAGCCGCGCAAGAACGUCUCCGCGGCCGCCCCCAGCAGCGGCGUCCACAGCUCUGCCAACCAGCGGACGGCCCCCACCUCCAGCCCUCAAGCGGUAGCCAAAAUCCCCAAACAAAGUCCACAAUCAGGUGCCAGGAUAGCUACAAGCCAUGGACUUUCUGUCCUGCUUCUUGUUUGUGGCUUUGUGAAGGGUGCUUUGCUUUAAUCUAAAGUGCUGACUUUUUUCCAAUAUCACUUUCUCUUCUUAAAGCAAAGAGCAAAUCGCCUGUAAAAUCUACGGAGCGGACAGCAAAGUUGACCCUAAACUCCAAGCACCACUCUGCACCCACUGUAGUCUAAUUGCCUACCCAAGGAGCGCCUGCUUCCGGAAGCAUACAUGAAGAGGCUUUCCCACGCUUUGUUCAUAAUGUUUUCUUGGGCAAAUCAUUGAUCUUUUGUUUGAAGAGAAUUAGCGUGAAGUGAUAGGACGUCUUCUAAUAGCAAGAUCUAUUUUUCCCCUUUUCUUCUGGCUACUUAACAUGUCAUCUCAGGGGUUGGCCUGAAUGUCGUCGGGAUAGUAAACACAUGCUAUGGAUACCGCAGAUUUCCUACUAAAAGACCCAUUCUCUGCAGGAAGCAAACGGAGAGGAAACGGCUACAGAACAUAGAGUAUCAUCAGACAAAACCCCGGUUUUGGGGGGCAACAACAAAAUUAUCAACACUGCGAGGCAACGAGGAGAACGUUAUUUUAAAUAAGAAAGAAUGAAAGGAUUUUUUUCUAAUUUUUUCCUUUUUCUUGGAUUUUUCUCCUUCUUCUUGAUUGUACUUCUUGUUCAAUGGUGGCAAGUGCUGAUUACGGCCAAUCCCUGUCAAUCCUGGGAGGUUUAUAGAAAUACAUUUUGAGUGUUCUAUAUUUCAAUGUAUUUUAAUUCAUUUUGCAAUUCCCGCAUAUGCAAAUCUGACAAAUUCUGUAAAUUGCUUAUAGUAUGUGUGAUAUAACUUCAACGUAGAUAGACUAUGACCUUCAUGCAAGCUGAUUUUUAUCAUUAUAUAUAUGAAUAUACACAUAUAAAUAUCUAUAUGUUGGGUCAUCGGCCAACUUCUUUUGAUAAAGCAUUUGUUUCUCACCUAUGACUCGUAUGUUGUGGGGAUUUGGUAAUGCAUCAUUUCACUCCCACAGGUUUGGCAGCCGCGGGUGGUCUCCGUCGGCUCAUGCUUCUUUCUGGAAAAUGCGUAUUCAAAAUUGUACUGGUCUCUGAGAAAUGAAUUGAUUCUGUCGUGUGUAUGCUUGUUGGAAUUUGCUACGUUCCUUUCUAUAUGAUGUCUGUUGAGGUUCGAGGGUCUCUUGACUCUAAGCGAUGUGCCCUCUCUGGUUUUGACCGCAACCUUCAUGCCAUCAUCACCAUCAUCGCCAUCAGAGAGCAGUGCUGCUCCUAGACAACUUGCCUCGGAGGUGAACCCGGGGAAGGUGAAGAGGCCGCCAUGAUUCCCCGGAUUCAUGGACGAGCGCUUCUCGCUGUGACUAAACGUGUGCUUCCUGGGACCUUGACGCAUUUUGGUUUUUUUGGUUGUUUUUUUUUUGUGUGUGUGUGUGUGUAACUUUGUCAUUCUGUUAUUUGCUCCUAAUUACAUCUUAAUGUCUCCUGAUUAAAAAUGAAAAUUUGGUUGUUGGCUAAAUAGAAUAUGCAAAAGACGACUGCAAAUUUCUGAUUGAAGAAGAUUGUGCACUCAGUGUCCGCCAGUUAAGUGGAUUAUAAUUUUAAAUGUUCCAUUCUUAUUUUGGGUUUCAUGACAAUUCCGGCUACUUCCUGUAGAACCUGUGCUCUCCUCUGGCAAAGAAUGGCGGGACAGCACUUCGCGGGUUUUCCAUAGUCACUAUGGAAUCGAUGUGGGUUGGGGCAGAAAUGACCUGCGUUUCCCUUCCAGAGAGAUCCUCCCAUUUUCUUUCAUAACAAACCCAGGAGACCGUCAUCUUCCAGCCUAAGGUCCUAACCUGAAGCUUGAAGGCAAUGAAUACCUCUGCUUUUCAAAGGUAAAUGCAUCGAUUUUCUGCAACUUAAUGAGAGGCAAUGUGCAUAUUUUCAUAAUAUUCUUGACAUUAUCUUAUGGGAAUUAAUGUUUCAUGCUAAAUCUUUUAUUGACACCUUUCUUGUUCGUUUGGUUUAUUAUUUCAGCCUAA